UUCUCUUCCAUCAUCUUUUCACGGCUCCCAUCCUCCGUCAACCCUCUCCGGAAGCUGCUUCCAUCAUGUCUCUCUCUGUUAUAUAUAAAUAAAUAAAUUAUGAAUCCAAAUUAAUAAAAAUAGAAAAUCUAGAAUUGUUAAUUAUUAAAUGCAUCGAUGUCCAGUACAAAUGCCUCACAUCUCAACAUGACUUGUUUAAUAUUGCAUGUAACUCAUUUCUCCUUAGUCCUAAAUCGAUAGUGUGACAGAUGUGCACAUCAUCAAAUAUCCAAAAACACUAAUAAAUAUGUACACAUGUAUAUAUUUAGAUACAUACAUUUUGUGCACGACAACAUGCUAUCAUGUGGACGUGUAUGUAUCUAUGUACGUUAAAUUAACACGUGUCCGCCUACGCAUAUUCCGUGGUUAGCUUGUGACAAAUGCAGAGCUGGAAGAGUCGCCUCUUUAUGUCCCUCUGCAUCCUUUUCAAGGUUACCUUCCUUUCCCUUUUAUCACCUCCUGAUCUACUGCUUAAUGAAUUACUGUAUAUCUCUUAAUUUCUAAGUCUUAAUAUAUGUUUACGCAGAGUUGGAGGAGCAAGAAGUGAAGCAAAUUGAGUCAUCAGAUCCCGCAAGUCAGGUCCAACAAGCAGUUGAGAAUUGCCUACAGCCUUUGUCAUCACCAAAUUGCUCCACUACUUCACCUAGUUUCCAUCGGUGGACCGUCAUGGACUACUAUAACGCAUAUACUACUCGACAGAUUACUCCCACCAUGGUAAUUAAUUCAUCCUACGUAUAAGGCCUACCCACUAAGAUAAUUGAGUGCAAUCCCUAAUUUUAUACCCAAAUCCAUAAGAUCGGUUUAAUAAAAAAAAUAUAAAAUUUUGAUUCGUCUAAAUACAUAAAAAGUACAUUUAAGAAUUUGAUAUAGUUUUGUGGCUGGGUGACGAUUAAUUGUUGUGAGAAAUGCGUGUAGGUGGCAGAAAGGUUAAUAGCAGCCAUUGAAGAAAGUUCAAGUGCGCCAUGGAAUAUGGGAUUCUUUAUUAAUCACUGCCCAAAAGACAUCCUCAAACAAGUCUCGGAAUCAACUCUUCGAUAUGAAAGAGGUACGUACGUUUAUCACUGACUUAAAUUUGUACAUAUUUGUUGAUAGAACAGAUACAGUAUAAUGAUGAUGAAAUCAACAGAUAAUCAAACACAUACACCGGAGUUACGUGGUAUCCCUGUAUAUGAUCCAGGACUAAUCCACGGAAGAGAUUAAACGCUCUUCAGGCUAUUAAUUUUACUGAAUUGUGCAAAGAGAAAGAAGAUACAGAAUGCUCAGCCGCCAAACCACCUCUACCCUUUUUAACUCCUAACGUGCCCUAGGUUAGACUCAACAUUCUACCUCUAACCGUGCAUGAGCCUGCAUGAUUACGUACGGACUUAUUAGCUGGGCCACGUACAAUCUAACUCUCCUAACAUAAGACAUAAACCGUAGCCUAAUACAUAUAUGCUCAAUAUCCUCCCCCAAAUUGAUGUCGAGUUCGCAGCAUCAAUUUUCCCCCAAGAUACCAAUGCAGACUUGUGGGAAAGGCCUUUGUAAAAAGAUCUGCAACCUGUUCUUUUGUCUGUAGAUGAAGUAAGCUGACAGUACCGUCUCGAACAAGAUCACGAAUGUAGUGCACAUGGAUCUCAAUAUGCUUCGUAUGAUCAUGAAGAACAAGAUUAGUUGCUAUACGAAUAGCACUAGUGUUGUCAACAUGUAGUUCCAUAGGUGAAGGACAGGAGAUGCCAAAAUCUGAUAAGAGGCGACGCAGCCAAACCAUUUCUGACCCAACCUCGGACAUAGCCCGAUAUUCAGCUUCAGUAGAAGAUUUUGAAACUUUAUCCUGCUUCUUGCAACGCCACGAAAUAUAAGCCCCACCAAACUGGACACACCAUCCAGAAGUAGAUCAAUGUGUAUCAAGACACCCGGCGUAUCCGAAUCUGAGUAAGCAUAAAGCUUAGCUGAGCCUGAAGAAGGAAAAAGAAUGUCGACCUCUCUUGUUCCCUGUAAGUACCGUAGUAUCCUGUGGACUGCAGCAAGAUGAUCUACACAAGGUUCGGCCAUGAAUUAACUGGCCAGCUGAACUGCAUACGAGAUAUCAGGGCGAUUAGCAGAUAGAUAAAUAAGACUGCCAACUAUACUUCGAUACUGUGAGCCAUCCUUCAAACGUUCACGUGAGUUUUUCUUGCAACUUCAAAUUCACUUCCAUAGGCGUCCUAACAGGCUUACAGUCAUCAAAGUUAUGAUCACUAAGUAGAUCUGAUAUAUAUUUCCUCUGACUGAGCAAAAUACCCUGAUCAUUCCGGCUAACCUCCAGUCCAAGAAAGUAAUUCAAAUUGCCGAGAUCCUUUAUACUAAAGUCUUUCUUCAAACCAUCCUUCAAAUGUCGAAUUCCUUGCUGAUCAGUCCCAGUAAUGACCAUGUCAUCAACAUACAAAAGAAGCACCAUGAGACCAGCUGAAGUUACCUUGGUAAAUAGUGAAGGAUCAUUUAGGCUUUGUUGAAAUCCUAGUUGAACGAUGGUAGACUGGAACUUCUCAAACCAGGUCCAAGGAUCCUGCUUAAGUCCGUAAAGAGAACGAUGCAGGAGGCACACUUGAUCUUCUCUACCAAAAGUAUAGCCAUGAGGUCGUUCCAUGUAUAUCACCUCCUCCAAAUCCCCAUGAAGAAAGGCAUUCUUCACGUCAAGUUGAAACAGGGGUCAAUUCUACAAUACAGCUACAGCGAGUUAGGUACGAACCGUGGACAUCUUAGCAACAUGAGCAAAAGUCUCGUUGUAAUCCACCCCAUGCUCUUGUGUAUAGCCAAGAGCAACAAGCCUAGCUCGGUGGCGUUCGAUAGAACCGUUAGGUCGCACCUUGAUGGCAUAAAUCCAUCGACUGCCAAUAGUAGGAGGACAGGGAUUGGGACGAUCAACAACCGUCCAAGUUUUAUUUGCCUCCAAUGCACCAAACUCGUCGUUCAUGGCGCUGUACCAUAUAGGAUUGUCGUGGGAUUGUUUGAAGAUGGUGGGAACAAUUAAUGUAUCCACCCAUGCGGUACGUAAUCUUGGUGGGCUAAAGGAGGCACCCCUUUAGUUAAUCUCUCUGACCGCCGAGGAGGAGCAGGAGCACUAUGCGAAGGAGAGCCAUGAGGAGAUUAGUCGGGGCUGCUGGAGGCCGACGCAGGUGCCGAGGAGGAGCUGUCUGAGCUGGACGUGGGGGAGAGAAGUUCGGGAGAGGUGGAAUCUUCAACAAGAUCAUUAGAUAAUGGCAAAUCAACCUCUUCAGUUUCAUCAAAAUGGGCAGCGAAUUGUGCUCGCCAGGAAACUCGAGUUCAGCUAUGGAUUUUGAAGGAUAGAACAUGUGAUGCUCGAAGAAGACAACAGAAAUAGCUAUCCGCAUACGUUGACUCGAAGGAUCGUAACAUAGAUACCCUUUAUGAACACUACUGUACCCAAGAAAAACACACCGUGCCGUUUUGGAAGUCAACUUAGUACGUUCACGCUUAGGAAGAAGUACAAAACACAGACAACCAAAAACUCUAAGACGAGAAUAAUCAGGAUGAUGACCAUAAAGAACGAAAUAAGGACUUUUCUGGCUUAGGACAAGAGUGUCUUGGUAAUUUAUUAAUCUCACAACAGUGACUACAGCUUCCGGCCAAAACCUACUAGGAACAGAAGAAGCAAGAAGUAAAGCUCUAGUUAACUGCAUCACAUGCCUAUUCUUACGCUCAACCAGUCCAUUUUGUUGAGAAACCCCAGGACAGGACAUUUGACUCAAGAUACCACGUGAUCGAUAAACCUCAUGUAAAUGAUUUGAGCUAAAUUCUCCUCCUGGAUCAGAACAGAUGAUUUUAACUGUCUGGUCGAAUUGAGUUUGAAUCAUAUUGAUGAAUUUUAUUGCCACAUCUCGAAGAUCAGAUUUUAAUCUAAGAAAGUAUAUCCAUGUAUAUCUGGUGGCAUGAUCAAUGAAUAGAGCAAAAUAUCUAAACCCAAGGCGAGAAACAGUCGAGGAAGGUCCCCACAGAUCGGUGUGAAUAAUGCGAAAAGGUUCAUUGAUAACAGUGGUACUAGAAGGAAAAGAUGAGCUAGAGGUUUUCGCUUCCACACAACUCGUACAAGAAUGUUGAGCAGAAAUUCCAACAAGAUUCUUUCCUAGAAGAGAUUGUUUAAACAUGACUGCCAGACGACUUGAGUGGGGAUGCCCCAAACGAGCAUGCCAAAGUUCCCACUCUUUAUUGGACAAACUAGUAAACACAUAAUGUUUUUGAAUAGGAAAUGAAGGACUAAUGACAUUCCUAGACUCAAACUGACUACUAGAAGGCUGACCCAAAGAUGAUGAUGAAACCGAAUUGUCUUUGAGUUCUUCCAAGUGCAAAAUCCUCCCCUGUUUACUCCCCCUUCCGAUCUGCCUCCCCGUCUUCAAGUCAUAUAUAACACAACCAGUAGGAGCAAAAAUAACAGAACAUCCUUGCUCAGUAAGCUGGCCAACUGAAACCAAGUUAGGAACCAAAGUAGGAACAUACAAAGUACGUGACAAGGAUACGUUCUCAGUAUCCACUUUACCAAUUCCUUUUACUGCCAUCCUAUCUCCAUUAGCAACGGUCAAACCCACAUGACCAAUAUAUUUAAUUUUUAUAA